UCGAACGCGUAACACAAAGCCUGGAUUAUAGCGCAACAUCUCAAGCAGCUGAUAGUAAAUUAAAUCACAACAAAAUGCAUAGCUUACUUGUGAUCGCCUGCACCUUAGCGAUGGCUACGGCCAUGCCUGAGCCGCCCUCACGUUACGGACCACCACCAGUGCCGCAAAAGCAAUACGGUCCACCACCAGCGGCACCAGCGGAACAAUACGGCCCACCAGCACCAGCUACACAGGCACCUUCCCAACCUUUACCGGUUUACGGCCCACCAGCGCCCUUCUACGGUCCACCACCGGCCACUGAGGCUGUCGUAACAAAAAAUGUGUACGUGCAUGUGCCACCAGAGGAGACGGAAUUGUAUCAGCCACCAGCACCUAUCCAAACUGCCUUGCCCAAGAAGCACUAUAAGAUCAUCUUCAUCAAGGCACCAAAUCCACCAGCUCCAGUGCAACAAGUGGUGCCUCCACCCGUACAGGACGAACACAAGACACUCGUCUAUGUGUUGGUGAAGAAACCAGAGGAACAACAGCCAUUAAUAUUGCCAUCACCUGCACCAACCGAACCCAGCAAGCCAGAGGUUUACUUCAUCAAAUACAAGCAACAGCCCAAGCCCGCUUCCCAGUACGGACCACCACCUGCACCGGCCUCUGAGUAUGGCCCACCACAGGCGGAGAAGUUUUAAGCCAGUACCUGAGAAUUGGAGUAGAUGACGUGGCGCUAGUAGGCGCUUGCUUGCUAUUGUAAAUAGGUUUCAAUCACCCUACGAAUACUUAGUGUGUUGUUUUACGAAUUAGUACAAUUUUGUUUUAAAUGAACUCCGCCAAGAAGGUGGCGGUGUCACAUACCUAUGUAUGUGUGUAAAUACAUACACAACUACAUACAUAUUUACGUAUUAAGCUUCUUAUUCCAGACGAACCUUUUUUCUAUGCACAUAUUGUUGAUUUUGUUAUUGUUUUUACUUUUUGUUUUUGUUGUUAUACCAAAAGACCUAUUAAAUUAUGUUCCCAUUUAUA